UAUUAUGGAAGCAUCAACUUCAUCACAUCUUCUAGUGGCUGCGUUUGAUUUCGGAACCACAUACAGCGGAUAUGCAUUCUCUUUCCGUAAUGAUCCGCUGAAAGUCCAAACCAAUCAUGGCUGGAACGCAGGAUCAGAGAAACUUAUAUCGUUAAAGACACCCACAUGCGUUCUUCUGAGUCCAGACCGGAAGUUCCAUUCAUUCGGAUUCAAGGCGGAGAACAAGUACACUAGUCUUGCAGAAGAUGAUGAGCACAAAGGGUGGUUAUUAUUCCGGCGCUUUAAGAUGAUUCUCCAUAACAACGAGAACUUAUCUCGAGAAACGACUAUUGAGGAUAUUAGUGGGGUGCCAAUGCCUGCCAUGACUAUUUUCUCUAUGUCCAUCCGUUAUUUGAAGGAUCAUCUGAUAGAAGCAGUAACAAGUCAAACAAGUGGUGUAGAAGAAACAGACUUACAGUAUGUCCUCACAGUGCCAGCCAUAUGGAACGACAAUGCGAAGCAGUUCAUGAGAGAGGCAGCUGUUGAGGCUGGCAUGGAUGAAUCACGUCUGAAACUCUGCCUGGAACCAGAAUCAGCCUCUGUUUGGUGUCAGAUUAUAUCAACUGAUGCAAAGGCAGCACUGUUCAAAUCUGGAACACGGUAUAUGGUUGUGGAUUUAGGGGGGGGAACAGCCGACAUUUCCGUUCACGAAAAACUAAUUGACGGUUCAUUAAAAGAGCUCCACAAAGCGAAUUGAGGCCUAUGGGGAGGAAACGCCGUCGACAAUAACUACUUUGAUUGGCUAACGAAGAUAUUUGGAAAAGACACAAUGGAUCGAUUCAAGACAGAGCAGAUGGCUGAUUAUUUUGAUUUGUUUAGAGAAUUCGAGACAAAGAAAAGAAACAUUUCACUGGAAUCUGAAGGUAAAAUUACAUUCAGAGUGUCAGCAUCACUGAAGGAGAUCUACCAAGAAGUAGUUGGAAUACCUCUAAAGGAAAACGUUGUCAAUUUAGGACUGAGUAAAAUGGUUACAUUCAUAGGAGACAAACUGAGAAUUGAUGCGUCCAUCGUUAUUAACUUUUUUGAAAUACUCGUGAAUAGCAUGAUCGCACACGUAAAAGAGGUUUUAUCAGAGAAAGAAAUGAAGCAAGUCGACACCAUUGUAUUAGUAGGAGGGUUUGCUGAAAGUGAACUAGUACACGAAGAAAUGAGAAAGAAAAUUCAGAAUAAGCGAAUUAUUUUCCCGGACGAAUCCGGCUUGGUAGUUUUGAAAGGAGCGGUCCAUUUUGGCCAUAUUCCAGAUAUCAUUACAACACGGGUAAUGCCUUUCACAUAUGGGAUAGAUAUUACAAGACCCUUUAAAGAAGAAAAACAUGCACAGUCAAAGAAAACUAAUGUUCAUGGAAAGGACAUGGUCAAGGACUUAUUUGAAGUAAAUGUAAGAGCAGGGGAUGAAAUAAAGUUGGGUCAAGAAUACAGCUCAAGGUUUAAACUCUCAGAAGAUAUUUCAAAAGCCACAUCAGUCAGAGUAUAUAGAUCUACAAACAAAGAGCGAAAGUACGUGACGGACGACGACUGCAAACUCCUUGGGAAAAUCAGGAUAAACAGUUCCGAAGGCAAAAAUCUAAAAGAUAGACACAUCACGGUAACGCUUGUGUUUGGAGAUACUGAGCUGCUUGUGAAAGUGAAGAUCUUUGAAACCGGCAAGGAAUUCACAAAACAUAUUGACUGUCUAUAAACGUGAUCAUAUCAUAUCAAAAUCAUAAUUAUUGUUGACUAUAGUAUAUCGAAUGCAAAUAAUUCUUUACAAGGAUGUUUUCAUUAUAUCCCUUUGUAAUCUUAGUAAAAAGAAAUACAAAAUGAAACAAGUUCAAGAUAUGCAUUUACACAAUAAAUACAAAUACUCCGUA